UGAACAGAGAUUCUGAGAAUGAGAUUAAUAAGUAACGGAACGCUGCGGGUGCAACCGCUCAGAAAAGACUGAUCCCACUACGCAACCAACGCCCCGAUCCCCCCCACCUCACUACCUCUUUCUUUGCUUUCACUUCUCUCUCUCUCUCUCUCUCUGUCUCUGCCUUUCCUUACGAUAUAGUCUUUCAGAUCACCAACCACACACAUCUCUUUCUCUCACUGUUCAAUUUCGGUUUUCAAAUUCAAAGCUAAAGGAGCAUCGCGUCUCGUUGGCUUCGUCUUGCUGUGAGCGCGCUCUGAUCCACAUUUUUCCCAAAUUAAAGUCAUGGCUACGGAGCUUUUGGAGAUUCAACCACAUGUGCUUAAAUUUACUUUUGAGGUGAAGAAACAGAGUUCAUGCUCGAUUCAACUUGGCAAUAACUCCAAUCAGUAUAUUGCUUUCAAGGUAAAAACUACAUCUCCAAAGAAGUAUUGCGUGCGACCAAACACAGGCGUUAUUAAGCCAAAAGCGACAUGUGAUUUCACUGUUACUAUGCAAGCUCAGCGUGUAGCUCCACCUGAUAUGCAGUGCAAAGACAAGUUCCUGAUUCAAAGCACAGUCGUCCCUUAUGGGACAACUGAGGAGGACAUUACUUCUGACAUGUUUGCUAAAGAUAGUGGCAACUAUAUUGAAGAGAUGAAGCUAAGGGUGAUCCUGAUUAGUCCACCUCCUUCCCCAGUACUUCUACCAAUUAAUGGAGUAUCAAAGCAAGAUCCAUCUUGUGAAACUACUUAUCAAAAAAAAGAUCCAUCUUGUGAUACUACUUAUCAAAAAAAAGAUCCAUCUUGUGAAACUACGGUGCAAAAAGAUAGAGUACUGAGUGGAGUUGAAAACAUACCUCCACCUCAGAGGUGCCAGCUUGCUGAGGAUGUCAAGGGGAUUGAAACUGCUGAGGAAGUGGAUGAGUUAAGAGAAGGCAAGCAUAUGGACUCGAGACCUGCCGUCGACGUGGAGGGAUUGAAACCAGUGAAGAAUGAUGUUGAUUUGAAUAUAUCCAAGGAUUUUGAGGAUUUGAAAUCAAAGCUAACUAUGAUGGAUUCAAAACUUAGAGAGGCUGAAUCUACAAUAACAAAGCUGACAGAAGAGAGGAGCAUGACCAAUGUAGAGAAGGAUAGACUUACGCAUGAAUUGGAGGUGUUGAGUAAGAACAAUGUGAGAAGAAUUCAGAUGGGCUUCCCUUUACUGUAUGUCUGCAUGGUUGCUCUUAUCAGUGUGGCAGUGGGAUACCUUAUCCACCCAUAAGAGAGAGGACUUCCGUGGCCCUGUUGCUGGACAUUCUAGAACGCGCAGGUGAUAGAACAAGAGGAUCUGAUUGUAUGUUUAUUAAUUUUGUCUAACACCACAUGUUUUAACCUCUUCGAGUUGUGCAUGUAAAGAGAACUGGUCUCUUUAAAUAAGAGAAAUAUCAGCAUUUUGUUGAUGCUUGGUAAAAUGAGAAGCUUAUGUAAUGGCAUAAUGAGGGUUUUGAUAUAAGCCAUGCUGAAUAUUGGUCUGUGUUGGAUGUUUGUGAAUUUAAUGUUAGAAAUUUUUGUCACCGUUAACCCGAA